CUCGGAUCCGCUGUCCUGUUUACAUAUCCGAAUAUUGCAGCAAUUGCAGGAGUUCAGGGUCUGCUCGUCUAUGCCCUCUCUUCGGGACUGCCACUGCUCAUCUUUGCUGCUCUGGGUCCUAUCAUUAGGAGGAAAUGUCCCGAUGGCUUCGUGCUGACGCAGUGGACACUGGAGCGAUACGGACUCAUCACGUCUUUGUACUUGAGCUUCUUCAGUUGCGCAACUAUAUGGCUCUACAUGGUCGCCGAGCUCUCGGCUCUCCAGCAGGUCGUCAAUCUCCUCACGGGUCUGAACGGCCUGCCUGCCCUGAUCGUGCAAGCUGCCAUUACCACCACAUACACGGCUCUAGGAGGGUUCCGGGUGUCGUUCGUCACCGACAACAUCCAAGGUGCCAUGGUCCUUCUGUUUCUCAUCGUGGGAACCAUCGCCAUUGGAGUGACGGUCGACAUUGAUCGAUCAUUGAUUCCCGUCUCGAACUAUCUCGAACCCAGUCUUCUCGGCUGGCAACUCCUCUACAUCCUUCCCGUGGCCAUUCUCACCAAUGACUUCUUCCUCUCCAACUUCUGGCUCCGAGCAUUCGCCGCAAAGACGGACAAGGACCUCUACAUUGGCGUCAGUAUCGCCGCUGUUGCAGUCACCAUCAUCACCACCCUCGUCGGAGUCUCGGGUCUCAUCGCUGGAUGGUCAGGAGUACUCGGCAACCCACCCGAGGCGUCCGGCAUCGAACUCUUUACCCUCCUCGAGACCCUUCCGACAUGGGUCGUCGGCAUCGUUCUGGUCAUGGUCGUCACCCUCUCCAUCUCCGCCUUUGACUCGCUCCAAUCCGCUCUCAUCUCCACCGGCUCCAACGAUUUCUUCCGCAACAAGCUCAACAUCUGGUGGGUGCGAUUCUUCGUGGUUCUCCUCAUCAUACCUACAGUCGUGGUCGCGCUCAAAAGCCCGAGCGUGCUCCAGAUCUACCUCAUCUCGGACAUCAUUUCCGCGGCCAUGAUCCCCUGUCUCGUCAUCGGUCUCAGCUCGAAAUUCUACUUUUGGCGCGGCUUUGAAGUGGUCGUUGGAGGUCUCGGCGGGAUAUUAUCCGUCUUCCUCUUCGGACUCGUCUAUUACGACGGAGACGUCUCCCGAGCGGGAAGCCUUCUGAUCCUCUCCGACGGCUUGUACGCCAGCGAUUGGUCCGUCUUUGGCGUCUUUGUCGCUGCACCCGUGGGCGGGCUCUUGUGGGCACUUGCGGCCUUUGUGGCUCGAAUCAGUGUCCUGUGGACUGUGGCCAAGGUGAAAGGUCAUCGCUUUACGGCAUUUGAUCGACCCGCUGCACCUGCCGCGGCGUUUGAGCCCGAGGAGCGCUCAAGUACAGAGUAUGGGACUGCGAAUCUGGAUGCUCCUGCUGUUUCCAAGGCUCCUGUUGAUGUCAAGCACAUGUUCUUUUAA